CUGAGCGCGAACGCAUGACAGUUAAGUGCGGCUCCGGAUCAGACUAGGACAAAGUUAACUCCGGAUUUCAACGCGCUUCAGGAAGAAGAAAAAAGCAGCAGAAGGAAAAAAAACAGCAUAGACUGAACUAUGGCGACCCAAGCACAUCAGCCACCUCAUCUCCACCUGGCAGAGCUCUCAGCGGCGCAGUUCCUUGACAUCUGGAAACAUUUCGACGCAGACGGGAAUGGCUACAUUGAGGGGAAGGAGCUCGAGAACUUCUUCCGGGAGCUAGAGACAGCGCGGAGAGGAGCAGGCGUGGAUCCGACACAGGUGGCGUUUAGAGAAAAGAUGAAGGAGUUCAUGGCGAAAUUUGACAAGAAUGCAGAUGGACGAAUCGAGAUGUCAGAAUUAGCUCAGAUUCUUCCCACAGAGGAGAAUUUCCUGCUUUGUUUUAGAAAUUUUGUGGGAUCUAGUGCAGAAUUCAUGGCGGCAUGGAGACGGUAUGACACCGAUCGCAGUGGAUACAUAGAAGCCAACGAACUCAAGGGUUUCCUGUCAGAUCUUCUGGAGAAGGCCAACAGACAUUAUGAUGACAAGAAGCUCAACGAGUACACACACACCAUCCUGAGGAUGUUUGAUCUGAAUGGAGAUGGGAAGCUGGGGCUGUCUGAGAUGGCCAGGCUUCUACCGGUUCAGGAAAACUUCUUGCUCAAGUUCCAGGGAUGCAAGCUCUCGGCUGAGCAGUUCAAUGUCAUUUUCACAUUCUAUGACAAGGAUGGGAACGGCUACAUCGAUGAGCAUGAGCUGGAUGCCCUGUUGAAGGACCUCCAUGAUAAGAACAAAAUGGAGUUGGACUCCACUGGUCUGGUGGGCUACAAGAAGAGCAUCAUGGCUCUGUCCGACGGAGGGAAGCUCUAUCGUACUGAGCUGGAGAUCGUCCUCUGCCGCGACGCCAUACUGUGAUCUUUCACCUCUGACACCUGACACCCUGCCCCCAUCCUGAUAUAAUCAGGUGCAUGUACACCCCCCCCCCAACUCCACUCCCAUCUCUACAGGGCGAAUGGCACCAAGCAAGAACAUCAGCCCGAUUGCCCCACUCUAUUUACUAGCUGCCCGUACUUUGCCCUGCCUCCUCCCCUUCAUUGUAGCGUGACACUUCCUGAUGGUCAUCAGUGUCAUCGGUGUCUGCAGCUUGUUUUUGUAAACUUUACAUGCAAUUCUAGAGUGAGUUAAUGAUAAAUGUAGCAGGAAUAUACUACUUGUCCAUUUAUUUGAAUACAUAUACAUUUUGCCUGAAUGCCCAUUGUACUGUACUUCCAGUCUACUUUUUGUUUUUGCACGGUUUUGGUCUGUCAAUCUAUUGCUUUUUUUACCUCCAGUCUCAAUGCCCCUACCUUACUUUUUGCUUCAGUCUGUUCUUUAUUUCUGAAUUGGGUUUAAGGCUUGUACUGUUUUACUGAAAAUAAUUAUGAGGGUAUAAAUAAACAUUGUUGAUGAUCA